AUCCCCGCUGGCUCCCGAACAGCCAGGGGGCGGGGGCAGGGCCGUGGGAACGCCCGAGGGGCAGGAGCCCAGUGUUUUAGCCUUCGAAGGACCAUGGUGCUUCCACGUCAUCGUGUUGUGGCGCUCCCCCCUGUGGUAGUACAGUAGUUUUCCUCUCUUCUGCCUGCGGUGACGGUUGGUGUGUGGGGUGCCCAGAGGCCUCCCUGGUCCCCUCACGCCUGGCAGAAUGGCUUCAGCCCAGGGGGCAAGCAGUCUUCGCCCGGUGGGGACCGCCCGCUACGCAGAGACGUCCACGGUCCGCGUGGAGACCUCAUCCCACCGCGUGGAGACAUCGUCCGGAUGGAGGGAGACCUCACAGGGCCGCAGCGAGGGGCCUUCCCUCUCCCCGUCGAGAAGGUGGCUCCCUGGCGUCCUCGCGGCGUCCUCCUGGCACGUGGAAGCCUCCUUGCAGCGCAUGGAAACGACCUCCCGCCACGUCAGGACCCUGCGGGUGGAGACGUCUCUGCACCGCGCGGAGAGCCCGGCCCCGAGGGCCAGGCCGGCCGCCCCUCAGAGAGAAAAAAACAGCCUGAUGAGAUGCUGCUUCCCAAAGGCCACCAAGGGGCCAGGGCCUUCGGCCAGGAGAGAAAGGCCUCCAGUUGCCAGCCAGCCAGCUGCCAGGUGGGCCAAUCUUUUUCGGUUUCAUGGAAACAGCCCAUAAAUCAAUGUAAGAAACAGCUAAGCUGCGGUUCCUGAACACAGCCAACGUUUUUUGACCAUCCUACGGCGUCUUGGACCAGUCGGCUUUUGAACCAGUGAAUUAUAUUCACUUGAAGUCAGCACAAAAGGUUUUCAGGCCCAGGAUGCUAUAUAAAUCGGGUUGAUGGACAAAGAGGCUGUUUGAGCCUCUGAGCCAGGUGAGUUUGGGAUCCAGAGCCCUCAGAUGACCUUCACCCCUUAGGAACAGAGACCAAACUGAAAUCAUGACCUGUGGAAUGAUUCCAUGCCUGCUAAAAGCUUGAAAGGCAACAGACUCAUAAAUUACCAAUUGGCCUUUGUUUAUGUUUCAAAGUAAAUGGUUUUCUUUUACCUGGCACCCCCAUUCACACACUUUUUAAAUGUAGGUUAGAUGUAGUUAAAAAUGACAGCAAACCCACCAGCAAGCAAAAAUAAUCUUAGAAGAGAAAGUGAAAGGAGGUCAUUGAAACCUGACCUGAGGUUUGAAGAAGAUGGACAAGAGUCAUAUUUACUGAGUACCUGCUCUGUGCCAGGCACUACAGAUGCUCCUCCACUUACGAUGGAGUUACCUCCCAAUAAACCCAUUGUAAGUAGAAAAUAUGGUAAUUUGAAAAUGCACUUACUAUCUACAACCUACUAAAUAUCGUAGCUUAGCCUAGCCUACCUUAAACAUGCUCAGGACACAUUAGCCUAAAGUUGAGCAAAAUCAUCUAACAGAAAGCCUAUUUUAUAAUAAAAUGUUGAAUAUCUCAUGUAAUUUAUUGCUUACUGUACUAAAAGUGAGAAACAACGGUUGUAUGGGUACUUAAA